AUGAUAAGAGCGGUGAUCCUGUCUCUUGUUUCUUUGUCAAACCUAGGCUGCGUCCUAGGAACAUCAAUCUACGAGGCAUACCCUGGACUAAAAGACCUUGUCCUCAGCGAAGGCUCCGGCCACGAGUGGCACACAACAGACGAAUGGAGAUGCCCCUGGUUCCAUCCUCGCAACCUCAAAACCGAAUUAUCCGUCAUCAAAACCGGAAGAUGCAGCCACGAGUCCGUUAAAGAUCGGGUCAAGGGACCCGCACUCAGCUGCUGUAACAUCGGAGGACGAUCCGGACCAACUUGUGAUUAUACACAGUCUCUCAGCUACUCGAAAAGCAGAUCAACGACACUCGGAUGGAAGGUCGGAAUACAGGCUAAGUUUGGCGACGCCAAAGUAACGGGCGAGUACACGGCUUCGUUUGAUCUCUCGGGGUCUGUUACGGAGACAGCGGCGAAUUCCAGUGGUCAGACUCUAGGUUGGAGGAACCUUGAGCCGGGCUAUUACUAUAUUCCGAAGAUUGCAUAUCUGAAAUUUAGGUGUUCGGGCAUCGUUUAUAAGGAUAAUCCUUGGAUUGAGGUGCCUGAAUGGGGAGGGUAUAUGUAUAUGAGUGGUUAUUCCACCGACCCACCGAAGAACGUUUCUCCAAAGAAAUGGAUGUCGCUUUGGACACCUGAGGACCGGACUUGCGGCAUUCGCGGAGGUGCAUACUGGUAUGGAUACCACGAUGUGGGAACAGCAAACCCUGGCGCAGUGGCCUUGCAGCAGACCGAUAGAACAUACAAGAUGAGCGACGACUAUCGGAACAAAUGGUCGGAAACAAGCGUCGAAUUCCCAGUGCUGGAUGAACAUGGAGAGAUCCUCUCGGUAUAUGAUCUGGAAAAGAUACCCUGUUCCAGUGCGUUUGGUCUGGAGAUAAACGAAGACGGCUAUGUCGAACUCCCUCCUGCAAUAUUCCCCGAGGCUACAGACUUGUCCGAGGAAAAGGGAGAAGAGCAGGCCGCUUUCCAUGGCGAGCUCUAA